UGCAGCCAUUUUACGCAGGAUGAACCCAAUCAUGUCGUGAGAGAAGCGGGGAGGAAGACUGGCUGGAUCACCUGGACAGAGCCAGGAGCAGCAGCAGCGGAGCUCCCACACAGUCAGCCGGGAAGGAGUACGUCCAGCAGGACUGAUCCAGGGAAAAAAUGGUGAAGAGGAAAAGCCUGGAUGAAAACGAGCCGGAGUGCGGGAAGGGAGUACCGUUCCCUAUCCAGACCUUCCUCUGGAGGCAGACCAGUGCUUUCCUGCGGCCAAAGUUGGGGAAACAAUAUGAAGCCUCCUGUGUGUCCUUUGAGCGGGUACUAGUGGAGAACAAGCUGCACGGGCUGUCACCGGCACUGUCGGAGGCCAUCCAGAGCAUCUCCCGCUGGGAGCUGGUCCAGGCAGCCCUGCCUCACGUCCUCCACUGCACCUCCAUCCUGCUGUCUAACAGGAACAAACUGGGCCACCAGGAUAAGCUAGGCGUAGCCGAGACCAAGCUGCUCCACACGCUGCACUGGAUGCUGCUCGAUGCCGCCCAGGAGUGCAAUCAUGAGCCCAUUCUGAGCCAGGGGUGGUCCCAGGGCGGCAGCAGCAGCAGCGCCUUCCUCCAGCCUGUGGGGAAUCAAGGAUCCUCCCCGGGAGCUCCUGGCUCUGGCUCUGAGUCAGCCCUCGGUGGAUCGGGGCCGCAGCACAGCAGCUCCCUGCUGGAGGACGACGAGCACGCUCGCACCAAGUUGUUCCAGAAGAGCAUGGCCACGGUGGAGCUGUUCGUGUUCCUGUUUUCGCCACUGAUUCAUCGCAUCAAGGAGUCGGACCUGACCUUCAGGCUGGCCAGUGGCUUGGUAAUAUGGCAGCCCAUGUGGGAGCACCGGCAGCCAGACAUCCCUGCCUUCACUUCCCUCAUCAAACCGGUCCGGAACAUUGUGACGGCAAAGAGGAAUUCCCCAGUCAACAACCAGUGUAGCCCCCGCGGAUCUGCCAACCAAAGUCCCAUGGGCUUCCAGGUGGUCUGUGAAGCCGGCCAGUCAGAUUCCUCCUCCCCAGCAGCUGGUGAGCAGAGCUGUCGUCGUGCCAACUCGGUUGAGAAAGGAGGCACUUCCCAGCAACCCCCAUCAACCAAAGGCCCCUCAAAGAAAAAGACUUCAGCUCCUGCCGGCCUGCCGGCGUCUCUGGCACAUCGAGCUCGGUAUGCCACCUACUUCGACGUCGCAGUGCUGCGGUGCCUGCUGCAUCCUCACUGGAUGGAGGAGGGCGUGCACUGGGCCCUGAUGUACUACCUGCAGCGCCUGAGGCAGAUCAUGGAGGAGAGGCCUGAACGCAACCCAGAACCCCUGAUCACACCUCUGCCACGUCCACGAAGCAGCUCCAUGGUGGCCGCAACGCCCUCGCUGGUCAACACUCACAAGACUCAGGACAUGAGUUUGAAGUGCAACGAAGAAGCCAAAUCUCUGAGCACAGAGACCUUUGCGAAGGUAUCCCUUACCAACUUGCGACGACAGGCAGUCCCCGACUUGUCCUCUGACCUGGGAAUGAACAUCUUCAAGAAGUUCAAGAACCGGCGGGAGGACAGGGAGAGAAAGGGCUCCAUCCCCUUCCAUCAUACUGGGAAGAAGCGCCAGCGUCGCAUGGGUGUACCGUUCCUGCUACACGACGACCACCUGGACGUCUCGCCCACACGAAGCACCUUCUCCUUCGGAAGCUUCCCUGGCCUAGGGGACGAGCGGCGGGCUUUGGACCGCAGUGGCUGGCAGGCCACCAUCAUGGGCAAAUUCACACGCAGAGGCAGCACGGACACAGCUGCCGACGCGGACAGCCUGAGCGCCAAGCACUCCCACUCCCACCACUCUCUGCUCCGAGACAUGCCCGACCAUUCUAACAGCCACAGCGACAACACGGUGAAGGAAGUCCGAUCUCAGAUCUCCACCAUCACCAUGGCGGCAUUCAACACAACGGUUGCGUCCUUCAAUGUGGGCUACGCGGACUUCUUUACCGAGCAUAUGAAGAAACUGUGCAACCCGGUCGCUGUGCCCGAGAUCCCCGUGGAGCCGCUGGCCUGCGCCAACCUUCCACGGAGCCUCACUGACUCGUGCAUCAACUAUUCCUGUCUGGAGGAGGGGGAGAACAUCGAGGGGACCAAUAACUUUGUGCUGAAAAACGGCAUGUUGGACCUAACGGCCGUGCUGCGGGCUCUUUACGCUGUACUCAGCCACGACAUCAGCUCCAGGAUCUGCGAUGUGGGGCUCAACAUCAUCGACUGCCUGCUGCAGCUGGGAGUUGUUCCCGGGAUGGGCCAGAAGCUGUCCAAGCCUGAUAACAAGGAAAACCAGGAGGCACGGGUUAAAGAGCCAGCUGGCCAUAGCCUUGGAGGGGGUGCCCAGGGAGGUGGACCGAUUCCAGGAGCUGGUGGGGGAGGAGAUGGAGGUGGAGGAGGGGGAAGUGGUGGAGGAAGCGGGCAAGGGAGCAAGGAUGAUGUUAAAAAUAACAAGGAUAAUGACAAAAAGGAGGAAGAGGGUUCUGGUUUUAGCACCCACCGGCUAGCUUUAACAAUGCUGAUAAAGAUAGUUAAGUCUCUGGGCUGCGCUUACGGCUGUGGGGAGGGGCAUCGAGGACUAUCCGGAGAUCGGCUUAGGAUGCAGGCCCAGAACUGCCUGACUAAUCUGUAUAAGCUGGACAAGGUGCAGUUUCGCCAAACAAUGCGCGAGUAUGUCAACAAAGACUCCCUCAAUAACAUUGUGGACUUCCUGCACGCACUGCUGGGCUUCUGCAUGGAGCCCAUUACUGACAAGUACGGCAGUGCAGGUGAGAGGUCCAGGAGGGCGAAAAAAAGAAACAUCGACAAGGCAGGCUUUGGCAACAACUUUGCCACGGGGGACAACAAGUCGCUGGCACAGAACAUGGAGGCGGUGGUGGUGGGCUGCAUGUUCAAGUCUCUCAUCACCCGCUGUGCCUCGACCACACAUGAGCUGCACAGCCCUGAGAACCUGGGUCUGUACUGCGACAUCCGCCAGCUGGUUCAGUUUAUAAAAGAGACCCAUGGAAAUGUGUUCCGGAGGGUGGCACUGAGCGCACUCCUGGACAGCGCUGAGAAGGUCACUGCCACUAAGAAACUUGACGAAAAGGAGGACUGCAAACAGUUCGGACCAAGGAGGUCUGAGGUGGGUGUGUCCGGGGAGAAGGGUCAGGUGUCCAGUGCUGCAGAUGAGUGUCGCAGCUACAUCUCCAGUAGACCCCCCCAGACCCCCGAACAUGACGAACAGAUCCCGGGCGCUCUUCUUGGCAGGAAGGACUUCUGGAGGAAGAUGUUUAAGUCCCAGAGUGCCGCCAGCGACACAAGCAGCCAGUCAGAGCAGGACACCUCGGAGUGCACCACUGCACAUUCCGGCACAACUACCGAUCGCCGCUCUCGAUCCAGAUCUCGACGCAUUUCGCUCCGCAAGAAACUCAAACUGCCGAUAGGCAACUGGCUGAAGCGAUCUUCCCUGUCUGGACUCACCGAUGGUGUGGAGGACCUGCUGGAUAUCAGCUCAGUGGACCGGCUCUCCUUCAUACGUCAGAGCUCAAAAGUGAAGUUCACAAGUGCUGUGAAGCUGUCUGAAGGGGGAGCUGUGGUGCCGGAGUACGGCAGGGACGAGGAGGAGAAUUUUUUCAAGCGGCUCGGUAAAUGGAGGUCUGGAAGGAGGAAUCCAUCCAAGCUUCACCACACAGAAGAGAAAGAUGGACCUCAUGGUUUUCAGGAGCGUUUAGCAGCCAGUCAGGAGGCCAUGAAGAAUAAGAAUAUGGUGAACCUGGGAGCGAUCCGUCAGGGGAUGAAGCGCUUCCAGUUUCUUCUUAACUGCUGCGAGCCGGGAACCAUUCCUGAUGCCUCGAUCCUUGCUGCCGCUCUAGACUUGGAGGCUCCAGUUGUGGCCCGUGCUUCCCUUUUCCUGGAAUGUGCCAGAUUCGUCCACCGCUGUAACCGUGGGAACUGGCCAGAGUGGAUGAAAGGCCACCAUGUUAACAUAACCAAAAAGGGCUUAUCCAGGGGUCGGUCGCCGAUAGUGGGCAACAAAAGAAACCAGAAGCUCCAGUGGAACGCGGCCAAACAUUUUUGCCAGUGGGGGGAUGCAAUUGGCACCAGGCUCAGUGAGCUCUGUCAUUCGGACAGCGAGAGUCCCGCGAACAUUCUGGGCUACAUUUACGAUGAAGAGACCAAGCGGAGAAUGAGAAAAGAAGACGAGGAGGAGGAUUAUUUGGAGGACAACACGGUGAAUCCCACAAAAUGCGGCUGCCCUUUUGCUCUGAAGAUGGCCGCCUGUCAGCUGCUGUUGGAAAUCACCACCUUCCUGCGAGAGACUUUCCCCUGCUUGCCUCGCCCUCGAACUGAGCCGCUCGUGGACCUGGACAGCUGCCGUCUGCGUCUGGACCCUGAGCUCGGCCGCCAUCGCUACGAGAGGAAGAUCAGCUUCGCGGGCAUCCUUGAUGAUGAAGACGGGCAUGAUUCUCUCAACAGCAGCAGCCACACUCUGAAGUCUGACACCACGGGAGAUGAGAAAAAGACCCAGGAGGCUCAGGCACCUGUCAGGAAGAUCCGCAUUGGAGGCUCUCGGUUGCUUCAGAUCAAAGGGGCCCGCAGUUUCCGUGUGAAGAAGGGUGGCUCCCUGUCUUCAAUCCGCCGGGCGGGGAGCCUAAAGAGCACCAAGCUGUCCCGGCAGGACUCUGAGUCGGAGAACGAAGAAGGGCUGCUGUCACAAACGCAGAGCAGGGACACAGUCACUGACAUCGGAAGUCCCUUCAGCACCAGUGAACCCAGCAUUGAGCCUGAGGGUCAGAGCUCAGGAGGAACUGAAGACAACUACCACCGCAACAUGUCCUGGCUCCAUAUUAUGAUUCUGCUGUGCAACCAGCAGAGCUUCAUCUGCACACAUAUAGAGUUCUGUCACCCGCGUUGCUACCAGCACCACGGCCGCUCCUGCGCCCGCCUCGUCCGCGCCAUCAAGCUCGUUUACGGUGAGACGGUGGACGGCCUAAAAGAGGACAGCGCCUCUGGUAACAUCGGAGGACGCCCAAAGAAGAACAAGGAGUGUUCAGAUAAAUCCUGCCUGAGAACGCCGUCCAUGAAGAGAAGACCAACCGACUCCAAUGCAGAAGGGAAGAAGGACACAGGCAUGCUCAAGUACAUCCGCAACCAGGUAAUGAGUUUGUCCCCAGCUCCUCUUUCGCUGCUGAUCAAGGCUGCCCCCAUCCUUACUGAUGACAUGUAUGGAGAUAUCCAGCCUGCUGCCUGGGAGCUGCUGCUCAGCGUGGAUGAACAUAUGGCGGCUGCAGCUGCUGCCAUGUUCCUCCUUUGCGCUGUCAAGGUCCCCGAUGCAGUGACCGAAAUGAUGAUGACUGAGUUCCAGCACCAGGAGGCCUGUCAGCGCAUUAACUCCAUCCUAAAGUUCUACACACUGUGGCGUUUUCGCUACCAGGUGUGGCCUCGCAUGGAGGAGGGAGCCCAGCAGAUUUUCAAAAUCCCUCCGCCGAGCAUCAACUUCACUCUGCCGUCUCCAAUCCUGGGCAUGCCUUGUGUCCCCAUAUUCGAUCCCCCCUGGGUGCCGCAGACCACCGGCAGCGUGCAGGACCCAAUAAAUGAAGACCAGUCUAAAUCCUUUUCUGCCCGGGCCGUGUCACGCUCCCACCAGCGAGCCGAGCACAUUCUAAAGAACCUGCAGCAGGAGGAGGAGAAGCGGCGCCUAGGCCGCGAGGCCAGCAUCAUUACGGCUAUCCCCGUGGCUCAGGAGGCCUGCUAUGAGCCCACGUGCAGCCCUCCACCUGAGCAGGAGGAGGAAGCAGAAGAAGUGGUAAACCUGGCAUCCCGCCGUCUGUCCGUCAGCCCGUCUUGUGCCUCCAGUAACUCCCACAGGAACUACUCGUUCCGCCGUGGCUCGGUCUGGUCCGUCCGCUCAAUGGCCAGUGCAGAAGAUGAAGAAAACACAACAGAUCACACUCCUACUCACCACAUGGUUCAGCCGCCUCAAGCGGUCUUCCCAGCAUGCAUCUGUGCUGCAGUCUUACCAAUAGUCCACCUCAUGGAAGACGGAGAAGUCAGAGAGGAUGGCGUGGCUGUGAGUGCUGUUGCCCAGCAGAUCCUGUGGAACUGCCUAAUUGAAGAUCCCGCUCUGGUUCUCCGACACUUCCUGGAAAAACUCACUGUGAGCAACAGACAGGAUGAGCUGAUCUACAUGUUGAGGAAGCUGCUGCUAAACAUCGGGGAUCUGCCCGCUCAGACCUCUCAUAUCCUCUUUAACUACCUGGUGGGGCUGAUCAUGUACUUUGUGCGCACUCCUUGCGAGUGGGGAAUGGACGCUAUCUCGGCCACGCUGACCUUCCUGUGGGAGGUGGUCGGCUACGUGGAGGGGCUCUUCUUUAAAGACUUGAAGCAGACCAUGAAGAAGGAGCAGUGUGAGGUCAAACUGCUCGUCACUGCGUCAAUGCCAGGAACUAAAACACUUGUGGUGCAUGGCCAGAAUGAGUGUGACAUCCCUACUCAGCUGCCUGUCCAUGAAGACACCCAGUUUGACGCUCUACUGAAGGAGUGCCUUGAAUUUUUCAACAUUCCUGAAGCCAGAUCAGCUCACUACUUCCUAAUGGACAAAAGAUGGAACCUCAUCCACUACAACAAGACUUAUGUUAGAGACAUCUACCCUUUCCGAAGGUCAGUUUCUCCUCAGCUCAACCUAGUCCACAUGCUGCCUGAGAAAGGACAAGAGCUGAUCCAGAAACAGGUGUUCACCCGUAAACUGGAGGAAGUUGGUCGGGUCCUCUUCCUGAUAUCUCUCACCCAACACAUGCCAGCGGUGCACAAGCAGUCCCACGUCUCCCUGCUGCAGGAAGACCUGCUUCGACUUCCCUCCUUCCCUCGAACUGCCAUUGAUGCAGAGUUCUCCCUCUUCAAUGAGCCACAAGGCAAGGAGUUGUUCGGUUUGGACACCCUCCACAAGGUGCUGUGGAUCAAGCUGCUGGAGGAAAUGUUUCUGGGCAUGCCCAGCGAGUACCCCUGGGGGGACGAAAUGAUGCUGUUUCUCAAUGUCUUCAACGGAGCGCUGCUGCUUCACCCGGAGGACAGCUCCCUCCUAAGGCAGUACACUGCCACUGCCAUCAACACGGCCGUCCACUUCAACCACCUCUUUUCCCUGAGUGGAUACCAGUGGAUCCUGCCCACUAUGAUGCAGGUGUAUGCAGACUAUGAAAGCAACCCUUUGCUACGACAGGGCAUUGAGUUUUGCUGCCGCCAGUUCUACAUCCUCCACAGAAAGCCCUUCAUCCUCCAGCUGUUUGCAAGUGUCGCUCCACUGCUGGAAUUCACUACGAGUACCAGCACCGGUUUAUCAAAAGGAGUGUCGGCUCAGUGUCUGUUCGACCUGCUGGUGUCUUUGGAAGGAGAAACCCAGGACGCUCUGGAUGCUCUGGAGCUGGUCAAGGCAGAGAAACCUCUUCGCUCUCUUGACUUCUGCUACGGUAAUGAAGACUUAGCCUUCUCCAUCAGUGAGGCCAUCAAGUUGUGUGUAACUGUUGUCGCCUACGCGCCUGAGUCCUUCAGGAGCCUUCAGAUGCUGAUGGUGCUGGAAGCUUUGGUUCCCUGCUUCCUUCAGAAGCUUAAGAGCAACACGGCCACAAUGGAGUCCGCGUCUGCCGCCAGGGACGAGAUAGCAGCCAUUGCCGCAAUGGCCACAUCCCUCCAGGCUCUUCUCUACAGCUCUGAGGCCCUCACCAGACCAAUGACCGCCCCACAGAUGUCCCGCUGCGAUCAGGGCCAUAAGGGAGGCACUGCAGCCAACCAUGCUAUGUCCGGAGGCGUCAACACCAGGGACAAUCUCCACCUACUGGAGGAGGGUCAAGGCAUGCCGAGGGAAGAGCUGGACGAGCGCCUCGCCAGGGAGGAGUUCCGCCGGCCGCGGGAGUCCCUGUUAAACAUCUGCACAGAGUUUUAUAAACACUGCGGACCUCGACUCAAGAUCCUGCAGAACAUCGCUGGAGAGCCACGGGUCACUGCACUGGAGCUACUGGACAUCAAAUCCCACAUGAGGUUGGCAGAAAUCGCCCACGCCCUGCUCAAGCUGGCGCCCUACGACACCCUGACCAUGGAAAGCCGAGGCCUGCGGCGCUACAUCAUGGAGAUGCUGCCCAUCACCGACUGGUCAUCUGAAGCCGUGCGCCCCGCCCUUAUCCUCAUCCUCAAAAGGCUGGACCGAAUGUUCAACAAGAUCCACAAGAUGCCCACGCUCAGGUGCGCUCGCCCACAGGCACUGUGCACAAGGAGACAAGUGGAAUGGGAGGCGGCCAGCAAUCUGAUUGAAGGAAUCUGUCUGACUCUGCAGCGCCAGCCAAUCAUCUCCUUCCUCCCACACCUUCGCUCACUGAUUAACGUCUGCGUGAACCUGGUGAUGGGUGUAGUUGGUCCCUCCAGCGUGGCGGAUGGACUGCCCCUCCUCCACCUCAGCCCAUACCUCUCUCCUCCGCUUCCUUUCAGUACGGCUGUCGUCCGGCUGGUUGCUCUGCAGAUUCAGGCCUUGAAAGACGACUUUCCUCUCAGUCACGUGAUCUCGCCUUUCACCAAUCAGGAGAGGCGAGAGGGGAUGCUGCUUAAUCUGCUUAUUCCCUUUGUUCUGACAGUGGGCUCUGGAAGCAAAGAUAGCCCCCACCUUGAGCAGCCGGAGAUCUUCCUGCUCCUUCAGACUGUCAUCAACAUCCUGCUACCUCCUCGGAUCAUCUCCACCUCCCGCACCAAGAACUUCAUGUUGGAUGCGUCGCCGGCUCACUGCUCUACACCCGGAGACACGGGGAAGGAUCUGCGUAGGGAGGGAUUAGCAGAGUCCACCAGCCAGGCUGCAUAUCUUGCUCUGAAGGUGGUGUUGGUUUGCUUUGAACGUUCACUGGGAAACCAGUGGUAUCGUCUGAGUCUGCAGGUCAAAGAGAUGGCUUUGAGGAAGGUGGGUGGCUUGGCUUUCUGGGACUUCAUCGACUUCAUUGUGCGGACCCGCAUCCCUAUUUUUGUCCUCCUGAGACCCUUCAUACAAUGCAAGUUACUAACCCAACCAGCUGACUCCCAAGAGGAGAUUACCGCACGCCACCACAUUGCUGACCAGCUUGAGCGACGCUUCAUCCCAAGACCUCUCUGCAAGAGCUCACUCUUUGCAGAGUUCAACAAUGAACUCAAGAUCCUCAAAGAGGCUGUACACAGUGGCUCUGCAUACCAAGGAAAGACAUCAAUCAGCACAGUGGGCACCUCUACGUCAGCCUACCGGCUCAGUUUGGCCACCAUGUCACGCUCCAAUACGGGCACCGGCACGGUUUGGGAACAGGAUAGCCAGCCGUCACGCCAACCAUCACAGGACACACUCAGCCGCACUGACGAGGACGAUGAAGAGAAUGACUCCAUAAGUAUUCCCAGCGUUGUGAGUGAGCAUGAGGCUUUCCUGCCCAGGGUAAUGUCACAGCGGCGUUUCUCCAGCCAUGUCACCGGCUCAGCGACCUCUCAACCUGAAAAUCCCCGCACUACCAUGCUGCCCAGCCAAAGUGAACCAAAUGUGCUAGAUGAAUCCCAGGGCCUUCUGCAGGAGGGUAACCUCUCUAGAGUUGCCAGCGUGCAAAGUGAACCUGGCCAGCAGAACCUCCUAAUCCAAGCGCCACUAGGAAGAAAGCGCGGACUCAGACAGCUGCGACGCCCCCUGCUGUCCAUUCCAAAGACUGAACCGCGAGGGCGUUCGGGAGCUAGACUCUCCACAACUCGAAGGAGCAUCCAGCCUAAAAACAAACCCCUGGAAACUUUAUUGGACUGUGAAGCACAUGGAGACCAGAAGAGGUCUGUCACCUUUACAGAGACUCAAGGCCAGCAGGCGUCACCAAACACUGCAGAGCCUCCAGGUGAAGCCAGGAAGGCCAGUCCGGCUCAGUCAAAGUCCCCCACACUGGAAGUGCCCUCAUCUACAGUCACAGCCGACCUGCAUGGGCCUGCAAACACACAGGUUCCUUCAGCCUUGAGCAGCAAGGAGAAGAGGGAGCAGUGGGGUCUCCGCAGCAGUCUCUCCCCUCCCCCCUCCAUUUCCCGGCCCUCCACCCCCACACCCCCCUCCCGGACCUGCACCCCUCUCCCUCUGUCUCGCACCUCCUCCCCGCUUCCUCCUCCGCUCCCAGUGCUAAGCACAGCACCCGCCCCGGGCCCCCCCCCGCCACCACCGCUGCCGCCGGUCUCCCUGCUCCCGCUUGCGCCCUCCAGCAUCAGAGAGAGCCCCGGAGAUGAGGACACGACAGCGCUGCUACCCCGCGGUGACGCCCUGCUGCAGCUUAGCGAGGACGACGGCACUGAGAACCCGCUCCUCGCCCCACUGCUGUCCCCCGUGCCAGCUCGACGCUCCCCCCGUCGAUCCCCUCUCCCUCUCUCCCCUGUCGACUUGGACCUGGACGAGUCCCACGUGUGAGAGGACCCAAGGACAGUAUUUUUCAUUACGGUUUAGGUUUUCAAUGUGACAAUCGAAACGUUUGAAGAACUGGACUAAAACAAUGGGAUGAAUGUAUAUUAACUACAGCAGACAUCUACCUAUCUCAUCAACUCCAUCAUAGUUUUUUUUUAAUCAGACGGUUUUAAACAAUUUCCUUCACAGAGAUUUAUUUUUUAAAUAAUAUUUUCACUCAAACAUGUGAUUCUUAAAUAUUAGAACCAAUAUCAUAUAAGAGCUUAUUGGCAUAAGAUGCCUUUCUCAUUUAUUGCAGUUUACAAUCUCACAUUGACAAAUGUAGAAAAAUCCACCUUUAACUGCUUACAGACAAUUAGGAAUUUGCCUCCAACUUCAUGCAGCCAAGAUGGCGUAGGUACUCCACUAAUGCUGGUUGCUGCACAUUUUACACACAGCAGGGAUUGAAUUUGGAAGCACUUUGGUGCCACCUAGAAGUAGGAGUUAGGCCCAAUUAUGUCUAAUUUCACAAAUGUGCAUACUAAAUUCAUAUUUAAUGUAUGUGCCAUAUAUUCAAAUAAACUAUUUCUAUGUAAGUUGGCAUCUACUUGACAGCAAAAACAAAAUAAGCUUUUUUGUAAGUGUAAUUCUAAAUUCAGGCAGGUAGAUACAGUGGCCGAGAGAUGCACAGAAAAUGGUUAAACGUGCUGCAAACACAAAACGAGCUGCGAACACAUAAAUGAUGCAAACACACAAACACAAAAAAACAACUAAAAGUUAUAAAACAAAUGCAGAGAAAAACAGCUGUUUAACUUAAAUAUAAUCACGACACAAGGGUUUCAAUGAAGAUUGCUACAACGACUAACAUUACUAUUACAAACAAACUAUUAUAAAUCAAAGUCUCUAGAAUGCUAAUAUUAAGGACGUAAAUAUUCAGUUCUAUAAUAUUGUAAAAGAUUAAGUGUUUAAAAAGACACGAAAGAAAAUGUACCUUUUCUAUCUUCCGUCCAAGUUUCUUAUCAGUUAAUGUUUACCAAUGCCACUUUUUCACUCGCUUUAGGAUUCGUGGCUCAGCUCCACUCUGUUUCGCUCUACUCGGUUUAUCAGUUGUUUUUCCACUGACCCACUGAAGGCUGAAGCUCCACCUCCAGCCGUCAGUGCAGUGCGCUGUGCUGUUAUUAACGUUACUGUGUGACAUUGUCACAUGACGGUAAUCUGCGUGAAACGAUAAAAAAAUGAAUAAUUAAAUAGAAAACAUAAAUAAACCAAAUACUAAUAAUGCUUGAAUGCAAGGAUGUCUUAUAUAUCUUUUUUCUUGGUUGAAAUGAUCUACUGGGGUAAUUAUCUGAUGAAGUUUUUGUCUCAUCCAUGGCAAUAACGAGGACAAGAGCUUUAAAGCGCAAAAACACAGACUUCUGACCGCGGUGAAGUAACUUUUUGGUUGGAUAUUGGAUAUUGGUGCACUGCGGAUUCAGUGAGAUCUUCCUCCAAUUUCCAAACCAAACACACUGUUUCAUUGUGUUGUUUGUUGUGUUUUGGGGGAAAUGUUUUUGCGUCUGACAGCUGAUAUUAUGUGUAAUCAGCUGGUUUAGGAUGUUAUUAAAUACAGCAGCCCACCUGUGUGAGGUUCAAAAAGCUGAUGUGUCCUUUUUCUUUUCUUUCAGCCUUCAGGCAUUGUUUAUAAUUUGUAAAUACUAAAAUUAUAUUUCAAUUUGACCAACACUGGCAAAUGUGGUCCUUAAUAUUAUUGUAGUUGCUCUUGAGUUUUAUUACCUUUUCCAUGCACUACCUCCUCGAAAACCUUCUCAUUUCUCCUGAUCCCAUGACCAUCAGUGAACAGGAGUCUGUUCACAUCACAUGUAAUCCCGACUAUCCCCCGGUCAUACCUGUAUAGUAGCAAGGACCAAAAACUAGGUACUAGUAUCGAAAAAACAGUAAUGGAAAUGCUCGCAAAGCGGGUCGAGUAGGGCCAAAUCCAGUCAGUGGAAAAGGGGCAUAAGGCUCUGGUCCCAUUGGACUUGGUGGUCAACUCCUACUAGUGGUCUGGCGCACAUCUGUUUUGUGGAGCUAGUUUGCAGUUUUUCCUAACUUGCAGUUGUUUUGCCAUUUGCAGCAUUUUCCCUUUGCAGUUGUUUUAUAACUUGCAGUUGUUUUUUGGGUUUGUGUGUUUGCAUCAUUCUCCAGCUCAUUCAACCGUUUGCUACACGUUUGCACCUGUUGGCCACCGUAGGUAGGGGUUUAAUUUGAGUUCCAUUUACUCAGUUGAUAAAAAAAAAAAAAAAUCACAAAUGUCAUACACUAUUAACUGGCCCACAGCAUCACAGCUCCUCUACUGUACCUAAUUUAUUUGCUUUGUUUUAUGCCAGUUAAAAUCCCAGUAGAAUUUAGUAAAAUCAACAAGUUUAUUUUGGUGAUGGUUGGACAGAAAUGGCUUUUUCUUGGCAUCACUCCCAAACAAGAGGUCAGCAGGUAGAUGGUGUCUAAUGGUUGUUAUGGGAACACGGGCCCUUGUCUAGUCUUGUCACAGUACUUGAUUUUCUAGAUGUUUUAUUUACUGCUCUGAAUGCAGAUGUUUUUGGGAGUACCUAUCGUGUCUUAGUCUCACCAUAUUUAUACCCCAGGGGAACCAGGAAGUCGCAGUUUAAUAGAGUUCCUAGACGCUCUGAAUUUAAAAGGGAACGUUUAGAUUAAAACAAUUCUUCCGUUACAUUUGUUUUAUAGGAUGUUUUAAUGUCAGGAUGGGAUUUGUUUUUAAGUGCAUUUCAUUUAAAGCAGGGAUGUCAAACUCCAGUCCUCGAGGGCCGGUGUCCUCAAACUUUUAGAUGUGUCCCUGGUCCAACACACCUGAAUCUUUGGCCAAAUUACUCCUCAGUAUGCAGUCAAGUUUUCCAGUAUCCUGCUAAUGACCUAAGUAUUAGAUUCAGGUGUGUUGAAGCAGAGGAACAUCGGAAGUUACGCUGUAACUAUGGCUAUGGUUUCGUGAAUUCCUGGAUGACUGCCAGCGGCAGUAAACAAAGUUGAUAUGUCUCCUCGUGCUCCGCGCAUGUCAAGAUUAAAUGCCUCCCGACCCCGUGGGUCUGGGAAGGGGUCCCCCUGGUCCUCAAGGGACUGAAACUCUGAAUUGGAGGCCCUCACAGAGAUUCUAUCAUCCUCCAGGUCCUCCCCAGACUCCCAAGCUGCUGCUUGGAAGGAAGGCGUGGGGUCUGGAGCCUUGAGUAAAGCCUUGAGCUGCUCCACCUCAGCCCUCAAAGAGUCCACUUCCUGGCAACCGGCAAACUGCUACAGUUCAUACAUGGGUCCGUCAGCGCCUCCCUGAUAUGACCCACGCCCAGGCAUUUGGGGCACAGAUCAUGUGUCCUACUUCCCUUCUUUCUGUAUUUGCAUCUUUUUGUCUUUUCACAGUUGUGUCCUUUCUUCCUUAUUUACUUCUUUGUUACCUUCCUUCUUUUCUCUCUAUCCUUCCAUUCUUUGCUUCCAGUUGCUCUUUUUUUUUCAUUUAAAGCCUUCUCACUAUAGAAAUAUCAGCUAUAAAUAAAUUGUGGACUUAUUAGUAUUUUAUAUUUUAAAAUACAAAAGACCAAAAACUCUGGGAAGUCUGGACAGUUGUGGAAAUUGUACAUGACAAAACAUGUAGGAAACCUGCAAUUAUUGAGGGCUUUUUACAAAUCUUCACCAUAUUAACCUCUAAAAAACCUCUGAAAAAAGAAUUUAGUCUUUUUGUUAUACUAUGUAUGUAUUUAAAACAUAGUAAAAUAGGAGUGAAAAUGUAUUAAUAUUUCUGUGUGUGUUAGUGACCUGGUCAUAAAAAUAUGUAUUUUAAGCCAUGAGGAGCCAUCAGAUUGUGUGAAGUGCAAAGCAGCAAAACUUUCACAGUUGGCCCAUUUUCAGAGAAAAGCAAUAUUUAAUCAGCUCAGUGCCCCUUUAAAUAUACAUAUAGAUUAUGCAUAUAUUUAGAUAUUAUGCAUUGAUUGUGCUCUAAUAGAAAAAAUUAUGGAAAUGACAAAUACAAGGUUGGAACCCUUGAGGACUUGUAGAUUAUCUCUAAUUUGCUUGUUUCUUGUACUGCUGUAUGUCUCUGCAUAUUGUGUUCUUCACCAAACUGCUGUCUCUGAAGCAAAAUGUUUUAGACGGUUGUCCUGAUGUAUGUGUCCAUGAUGUUGUUGUUCAGCAGAAAGACUCCAACUGUGAUGAAGCGAUGCUCAUGUCAUGCCUUAAGGAGGAAAUGUUUCUUUAUCCAUGCAUCUGUGUAGCUUCAGUAAAAUCUCUAGUGAGGAAAAUGUUAACUGACACGGAUCAUGUUGGGUGUUUUGUGCCAUAAUCUACACCAAUAGGUCAUAGCUGCUUUCUGUUUUCUGUCCACUGGUAAUACAACUCUUUGAUUGGAAACCUGUAAUCAUGGCUGCAAAACACAUUAUUGUCCUAUAUAAAGCGAAUUAACAGUGUACUUGGUUCAUUCUUACACCAAUAUCAAAUCUUGGUGUUAUAACACUGUUUUGCCAGUAUGUGGCAGUAUAUUCCAAACCUGCCAGACUAAGAAAGUGUUAAGUUUGUUGAACUGUUGUUUCCUUUUAUAAAUGUCUUACAUUCUGUCUUGUUUGAUCAAACCUUAAAUAUUUCUCAAAUAUCUAAAUAAACAAAUAUUGUUUACAGUG